AUGAUAGGUGACCCUAGAGUAGAGGUACCGGCAUUCAAGCGAUUACUGCGUGCCACAGGAGUGAAUCCUGGUAAUGCCUUCUUCUUUCGUCGACCAUUUUCUACAGAUCAUCAUGAGAAAAAUAAUGAGACUAGCCCAUGGUGUAACUACGCGGUGAAUACCCGUGACACACUAGCAACAUGUGAAAUUGAGACAGAAGACUACUUUUGGGAAAAUUCCCCUGCUCUUAUUUGUCUACGUGUUCGUCCGGCCAAACCAGGAGUUUCAUUCCCUACUUCUUGCAUCAUUAGUCUUUCAACAAGUUCUCAGAGGAUGGAUGAACUUGCUGUACAGGAUGUUGUUGUAAAGGAAUGGAAUAUGAAUCCCGCCAAACUUUCCAACUCAGGUUGGAUGGAGACAACUAUCUCUGUCAAGACAGUGUAUCACAUUGCCUGUCUUAUUGGAAAAGAACCCACUAGCGGAACUCGUAUUUUUUUAACACUACGUUUUGUUGGCUGUUGUGACAUGUCAGACACACACCGUAUUGCCGCUGUUGAAUUACUUUACACGUCACUUCGUCCUCUUGUUUUACCUACUCAGAGAAUAAAUUCAGUAAAUCUUGAUCCUACUACUGAGUCUGCUGCUAUUGGCGUUGGUCCCAUUCUUGAGACUGUAGAGGUGGAAUUAACUCUUAGUCCCACACCACUUCGUGUUGUGGAUGACAAGCUCAGUGAAGAGGGUUUCUCUGAAUAUGCUUCACGUUCUCCUUUUCUUAUUCAGCACUCCCGAGAGAGAGUUCUUGCGUCUGAGAAGGAAUUCUUGCUUAACGAAGGAGCACCACCAAUACCAUUACGCCCGCCACUACUGCGGUCACAACCUUGUUCCCCAGAUAGCAAUAAAGACAGGUCUUAUGAUUGUAGCGAAGAUUGUGUUUUAGCAGAAUACGCUGUGCACACACCAACUGUUUCACCACCGCGUCGAUCCAAAACUCAACCACGCCGCACUAUUUAUGUGGACGCAAAUGACGAUGAUGAUGAUGAUGAUGAUGAUAUCUCUAGUGACGUUGUUGAGGUACAGGCGUCUCCAUGUUUGAUGCCCUCUAACUCUUCUUCAUUGCAUUGCUUACAAGGGACAACAAUGUUAGAGAGUGAUGUUGUUUCUGAUGUACCUAUUUUAGUUUCCUCCGCAACUCCACCAAAAGGUAUGCAAUUUAAUGAAAAUUUUGCUCCACGAAGGGAGGUCCCAGUGAUUUCAGAAUCUGCUGUUUUUUCCACCAAUACCACCACUAGUACUACUAAUACUAAUAAUGUUGCCGCAUUACACAAAGAUGUCUUUUCACUUGAGCGUUCGUGGGAUCACCAACAUGAAAAACUUAUGAAUGAAACGAUUGAAGAUAAAAGUAAAGGUUCAAUAAGGAUGACUCCGUCGGUUCCGUUACUAUGUCAAAUUCCUUUGGUUGUUCCUGACCGAAGGGAUUUUGUUCCUGUAAGCAGUCUACAGCGUCCCAAACAAAAUGGGCCCUAUUCAAAUUGGGGGGAGCUAGAUUCAUACACUAAUACCACAUGUAGAGUUCCUGUUAUUGAAGUUGAACCAGCUGUAGUGGAAGAAAGUAGGCGGCGUAUUCGUAAUUUACGAGAUGUACCAGUAUAUGAAGAACAACAAGACCUGUUAAAGACGGUAACAGAACUGCUUGGAGUGGAGCGGACAAGUCUCUGCAAGGGUUCAUUCUCACGCACAUCCUCAACUGUUCCGAGUCGUGUUAUUUCCACACAACCGAGCGUUACUGGGCCGCAGAGAAGUCCAUCACCGUGUUGCACAGUAUCUACAACCAAAGAUAGUCGACAACGACUCGUAUCGGUUGAAAUUCAAGAAUCACAUUCGUCAGUAAGUGAACCAACACCAACACCAACACUAACACCAACACCAUCCUUGGAAAUUACAAAGUUGCCAGAGGAAUCAAAGCAAAACACAAAAAAUACAGAAGGAAUUUCUCAAAGUUCAAUAAAUAGAGUUUUUCGAGUACCGCCAACAGCGGAGUUGGGGGCAAAUGAGGUAAAAAAAGAUAAUUUACUUUUAAACCAAUACUCUGUUGUAUUGCCUAAACCAGCACCACCACCGCCACCAAUGGAGGCACUCCGACCUCUCAAGAACGGGAAAGGUCGUCACUUUACACGACAGCCUUUGGCAGAUCGCACUUCAGAUAUCAACCUUAAUGUUCAAAAUUCAAAGGUUACAUCAGUGGGAAAGUGUACAGUCUGGAAGAAACCUGAUAAUUCUAUCAUGGAACCGUUACCAUAUGAUACAACUGUAGUUUCCUCAUCGGAAGAGUCGGAUGAACCAUCUCUUGUUGUUCAGGUCGAAGAAUCAACUUCAACUAAUGUUCCAGCAUACUGGGGAAACAGCAUAGACGUUUCGAACACUCAUAUAGGAGGAAGUUUAACCACAACAACUCCUUUUAUAGGAACAUUUCUUGUCUGGAAACACCAUGUCUCGAGAAAUGGGGUAGCAAAACGUAUACUUUCUUUACAACGUGAUGGAGAUGCUGUUCUUCUCUCCCUUAAAAAAUUGGAUUACAACAAAAAGGUUUCACAGGUUAGGCUACAAGAAAAAAUUGAGUUCAUCACAGGUCUUCGGGCGUAUCACAGCAAUGCUAUUCACAGAGGUAGCGUUCAUGUGGCAGAGUGGUGUUUGGUGAUUACUUGCGACGGUAGACAAGUAGCAGCUCUUGAAAUGCAAUCUUUGAGUGAGUUGAAUCUAGCUGUACAGAUUCUUCACCCCCUUUGCCCAUCAAGUCCUGCAUAG